AUCGUUUUGUGCAUUUAGAAUGCCUAUAUAAUGUUGCGUUACCAUUUUUCUAGGUCGAAAAACCCCAUCUUCAUUUUCCAGCUAAGACUUUUUCUUUCUUUUUUCUUCUAAUCAAAACCCCCCUACUUUUAGCAAUUUCCCUUAUCCCAGCCUUUUCUUAAAAUGAUUUUAAUCGUUUUAACACCUUCUCAUUAAAAAUGUAAGGAAGGUAAAUUCCCACUUUCACAAAUUUUGGAGAGCUAUCCACAAUUUAUGCCUAAGUCGGGGGAGGUUCUAGUAAUUAACCAUUAUUUUAUUAUCCUGCCACGAGUUCAUCUGACUCUUAGAAACAAAACAAACACCGCUCAUGACAGAAAACAUUAACGCCCACCGACACUUCAUCACUCAUCUCUGCAUCAUUGACGGUGGAACCAUUUGCUCAAACUCAUCACUAGUUUUUGAAUGAUUUCUCAAUGAAGAUUUUCCGCUGCCUACUUAAAGCAUUUUUGGAGCUUCGUUAAGGCCAUUGUCAGUGGGAUAGAUUGAAAAAAUGUUGGGUCGAUCUCAGCAUUUGCUGUCUAGGGAUGGGACUUUCAGGCCAGAAAAUUUAGGACCUAAAGUAUUGGCGAUGAUUGGGAACCUUUGUUUCAGCUUGUUUGUGUUUGGGGUUUUGCUCUUCACUAUAAUUGCUGCAACUUAUAAGCCUGAAGACCCUUUGUUUCACCCUUCAGCAAAAAUCAACAGUUUCUUAACAUCUGACACCAAUGCCACAUUUAAAUCUGACACUACUGUUGUCAAGACUGGUGAGGACUUUAUGGCCCCAAAUCAGACUGCGUUUGCAACAUUCUUGAAUAUGACGGAUGUGGAUAAUGCGGUGCCUGAGGCUAUCGGGGAGAUGGAGGCUAGUGAGGUCGCGAAUUGUACUGGAAAUCCUGAUGAGCCUAUUGAUUGUACUGAUCCUGAGGUUUUCCAUCUGUUGAUGAAGGCUGCUAUCGAGAAGUUUAAAGAUAUACAUUUCUACCGGUUUGGAAAGGCCGUUCGAGGAAACUAUGAUCAUUCUUGCCACAUGGCAUGGAGAUUUAGGCCUAUUGAGGGCAAGACUGCUGCUUUUUAUAAAGAUUAUAGGAAUUUUGAGGUUGCCAGGUCAGAAAAUUGCACUCUGAGUGUGGUUAGAAUUGGUGGUUAUCAUUCAGGAGGGAAUGCCAGAAAAAAGAAGAAGCAUCAGAAGGGGGGAAUUGAGAAGAUGAUAAAGGCACAAGAACCAGCAAAUGCCCUACCUGUGGUUGGGGAAGCUGUAAAUGAUUCGCUACCUGUGGUCGAAUCAGAGGGAUCUUUCAGCCGUGGGAAAUAUUUGCUGUAUACUCCUGGCGGGGAUAGGUGCAAGAACAUGAACCAUUAUUUGUGGAGUUUCAUGUGCGCCUUAGGCGAAGCUCAAUACCUGAAUAGAACACUUGUAAUGGAUCUGAACAUUUGUUUGUCAAAGAUCUACACUUCAUCUGGUGUUGAUGAGGAAGGGAAAGACUUCAGGUAUUACUUCGAUUUUGAGCACUUGAAGGAUUCAGCUUCAGUUCUUGAUAAGGGUCAGUUUUGGGAUGAUUGGAAAAAGUGGCAUAAGAAAGAUGGAUUGAGUCUUCAUCUUGUGGAAGGUUUUAAAACCACACCAAUGAAAUUAGUUGGUGUUAAGGAUACCUUAAUUAUGAGAAAGUUUGGAUCAGUGGAGCCAGACAAUUACUGGUACAGGGUUUGCGAGGGUGAGACUGAGUCAGUUGUUCAAAGGCCAUGGCACUUAAUAUGGAAAUCUAGACGGUUAAUGGACAUUGUAUCUGCAAUAUCAUCAAGGCUAAACUGGGAUUAUGACUCGGUACACAUAGAGAGAGGGGAAAAGGCUAGUAAUAAGAAAUUAUGGCCUAAUCUUGAUGCGGAUACUUCGCCUGAAGCGCUACUGUCCACCUUGCAGGAUAAAUUGGAAGAUGGCAGGAACCUCUACAUUGCUACAAAUGAACCUGACACAUCCUUUUUUGAUCCUUUGAAGGAUAAGUAUGCGACUCAUUUUCUGGAUGAUUAUAAGGAUUUGUGGAAUGAGACCAGCGAGUGGUACGAAGAGACAAUGAAACUCAACAAUGGAAAUCCUGUGGAAUUUGAUGGUUACAUGAGAGUGUCUGUCGAUACAGAAGUAUUCCUGAGAGCCAAAAAGCAGAUUGAGACUUUUAAUGAUCUUACAAAGGACUGUAAGGAUGGAAUCAAUACCUGCACGGCUUCCAGCUGAUGAUCCCUGUGCUCUGUUGCUUUGCUAGUGCAGCUACCUGUACCUUUACAACCCUUCAUUUUCUUUCCCCAUAGAAAAUUUUGCCCUUUAAUGCUAGUAAAACUUUGAUGAACCUCUUUUGAGCUUGUAACUUAUGCAGAAUACUGGACUUGUUUCAGUCUUUGUCCAAUAGUAGUUUUUAGUUUAAGUUAUUCCACAGAUUCACUCCUUUUCCUUAGCAAUAUUUUGAGUAUUAGGUACUUGUAUUGUUAAGAAAAACGCAUUUGAGGGUAGUACUUUUGUGGUUCCCCUGUUGGUACUUGGGUAACUUUCAUAGUAAUUUUACCUUAUUCUGUGUUCACAUGGCAAGAGGCGACAAUUUUCAGUAGUAAUAUGGUCCUGUUUCGUGAGUGCAGGCCAGAAGUGAGAUUUUCAGGUGGUAUGUCAAUAUUGUUUCCAUGCAUUAUGUAGUUAACACUUCUAAGUAUCAG